CCCCACUGUACCAACAUGGCGGCUCCCAGAUCCUAAUUCGAGAAACGUGCAUUAAGACUCUUUCAGCUCUCUGUGCCUAAAGAAGUUUGGCGGGCAGGGGCGGCUGUGGAUGAUCCAUUCGAGGACUGUUCUGUGGCUGAGCCUCACUCUCCGCUCCACCCGCAGCCUUUGUAGAGCCCAUUUUGGAGAGUGGCAGCCCCAAAGGCCGCCGAAUCCUGGAGCGAUGGAGAACGGUACCCUGCCCUGCCGAGAAGAGCGCCCACCCUCGGCCCAGGAGACUACAAUCACCGAGGGGGCCGCCAAAAUCGUUUUCCCCAGCUCCAAUGAGGUCUUCUACAACCCGGUGCAGGAGUUCAACCGUGACCUGACAUGUGCUGUGAUCACUGAGUUUGCUCGCAUUCAGCUUGCUACCAAAGGAAUCCAGAGUGAGUGCCCAGGUGAGAAGGACCUGCCAAAGGUGGUUGUGAACUUGUCUGAGCAAGAGGAGGAAAAAGUGGAAUCGAAAGAUGGUGAAAACCUGACCUCAGGAGACCAACCUCAAAUAGCUGUUGUUGGGGAGAUCUGUGAGGAAGGCCUGCGGGUGCUGGAGGGCCUGGCAGCUUCAGGCCUACGUUCCAUUCGAUUUGCCCGGGAGGUGCCUGGGCUCCGAUCUGUGGUCGCCAAUGAUGCCUCUGCACGGGCUGUGGACCUCAUGCACCAUAAUGUGCAGCUCAAUGGUGUGGCCCAUCUGGUACAGCCCAGCCAGGCAGAUGCACGGAUGCUGAUGUACCAGCACCAGAAGGUAUCAGAGCGGUUUGACGUCAUUGACCUGGACCCCUAUGGCAGCCCUGCCCCCUUCCUGGAUGCAGCUGUGCAGGCUGUGAGUGAAGGAGGGUUGCUGUGUGUCACCUGCACGGACAUGGCAGUGCUGGCGGGGAACAGCGGGGAGACAUGCUACAGCAAGUACGGGGCUAUGGCCCUCAAGAGCCGGGCCUGCCACGAGAUGGCUCUGAGGAUCGUGCUGCACAGCCUGGACCUCCGUGCCAAUUGCUACCAGCGCUUCGUGGUGCCGCUGCUCAGCGUCAGCGCUGACUUCUACGUGCGUGUCUUUGUGCGCGUCUUCACAGGCCAGGCCAAGGUUAAGGCCUCAGCCAGCAAGCAGGCGCUGGUGUUCCAGUGCGUGGGCUGUGGAGCCUUGCACCUUCAGCGCCUCGGCAAAGCAGCAGGAGCCGCUGGUGGCCGGGUCAAGUUCUCUGCGGCCUGUGGUCCCCCUGUGAGCCCUGAGUGUGAGCACUGUGGGCAGCGGCACCAGCUUGGUGGGCCCCUGUGGGCAGAGCCCAUCCACAACUUGGAUUUUGUGGGCCGUGUCCUGGAGGCUGUGAGCGCCAACCCUGGCCGCUUCCACACCUCUGAGCGCAUCAGGGGAGUCCUGAGUGUCAUUACUGAGGAGCUCCCAGAUGUGCCUCUCUACUACACGCUGGACCAGCUGAGCAGCACCAUCCACUGCAACACGCCCAGCCUCCUCCAGCUGCGGUCAGCCCUGCUCCAUGCUGGCUUCCGGGUCUCGCUCUCCCAUGCCUGUAAGAAUGCAGUGAAGACAGACGCCCCGUCUUCGGCUCUCUGGGACAUCAUGCGCUGCUGGGAGAAAGAGUGUCCUGUGAAACGGGAGCGACUGUCUGAGACCAGCCCAGCGUUCCGCAUCCUCAGUGUGGAGCCCAGGCUGCAGGCUAACUUCACCAUCCGAGAGGACGCUAACCCCAGCUCACGCCAGCGGGGACUCAAGCGCUUCCAGGCCAACCCAGAGGCCAACUGGGGUCCCCGGCCCCGAGCUCGGCCAGGGGCCAAGGCAGCCAGCGAAGCUCUGGAGAGACGCAGGCUCCUCCAGAAUAAGCGGAAGGAGCCGGCUGAGGACCCAGCCCAGCGGUCUGCUCGCCUAAAGACAUUUCCUUGCAAAAGGUUCAAGGAGGGUACCUGUCAACGAGGAGACCAGUGCUGCUACUCACACAGUCCCUCUUCGCCUGGAGCCUCAGCUGAUGCCACCCCCACCGAGUGCCCUGAGACCCCCAGCCAGAACCCCCCUAGACCCAGGGCCACUGCUGGGCCAGGCGUAGACUGA